ACGAGAGAGGAAGGGAGGAGUUUCCUCACAGUUAUAAUGACGCCUCUCCUCUCCUCUCCUCUCCACUAGUAACCACCAGCUCCACAGAGCGGCGCUCAUGCUGGAACACACCGAGAAAAGUACCUCACAAGUCCGGAGCGUGUAGCUAAAGAAACCCCCAAACAACUGCCUCAUCCCGACAGACUCCAAGGAUUUAUUUCAAAAGGGCGAAUUUGGAGGAACAUUCCAAAAAAAAAAAAAAAAGGUGUUUCACUUCCAGACCUCCUCACAACCCUCUGAACUGGUCUUCGAGCCCACCUUCUCCUUCUCUUGUCUGUGUGGCGCCCGGUGCUCCCCAGGCCUGCCUAGAGAACGGGCACAGCGCCAUGGUAACUCACAGCAAGUUUGACUUCGCAAUGAGCAGCAUCCUCUUGGACUCCAGUAUGCGGCUGCCUCAACGUUACAAGACUUUCACCUCCAAGACGCAGUACCAGAUGGUACUUAACACGUUCCACAAACUCAAGGAGAGCGGCUUCUACUGGGCCGCCAUCACCGGGAAGGAGGCCAACGCCAUGCUGGUGGCCGAGACCACCGGCACGUUCCUGGAGGACAGCUCCGACAACCGACACCUGUUCGCCCUCAGCGUCAAGACGGCGUCGGGCACCAAGAACCUGCGCAUCCAAUGUGACUCUUCCUCUUUUUACCUGCAAACAGACCCUAAGAACGUCCACUCUGUUCCUCACUUUGACUGCGUGCUCAAGCUGGUCCAUUUCUACAUGCCUCAGAGCAAAGUGAACACUCGCAGUGGGAAUAUGUACUACAUUUACUCUGCCGGGGAGAAGAUCCCCCUGGAGCUCAUCAGACCUCUCUCCUGCAGCUUAUCCACCUUGCAGCACUUGUGCAGGAAAACGGUGAACGGACAUUUGGACAUUUCUACGAAAAGAGACCAACUUCCUCAUCCCCUGAAGGAGUUCCUCCAAGAGUAUGAUGCUCCUAUCUAGAGGCGUUGGACUGAUGCUCUCGAAGGAGCAAAGACUUAAAAGAAACUGGACGGGGUUUCAGCGGAGCUACGUUCAAAGACACGCGCUGUCUGAGGAGUAUCAAUGAAGCACAUUGGAGACCAAGACCGAGCGUGUGAAAAGGAGCAGUUCAUUGUUCUGACAAGACAUGCGUACGUAUCACAGACAAGUGGGCAUCGGUCUCUUAAGGUCCAUGUUUCUGGAAGAGACUCUGGAUCGGGGACUAAUCCACAAUAGAGGGCCAAGAGAAAGAGAGCACAGCUGUAAUCUGGUGGUGUGAAGGCCUCCUCUGCCUCACCGAUGACAUACAACUUACUGAAAACCGAAGUGAGACUCACAGUCAGCAGUCUACAGUCUGAUGACACACAGGUUCCCUCUGCUGCUGCUAACCAAAAUGAGCUGUGAGGCCGUUGGGGCUCACACGCACAUGAAGCCUCAGAAAAUCAUCCAUCCAUAAAAGCCCGUCCGGCCUCUACGGUCAGGCUGGCUUUUUUUUUUGCUGACCUCCGAUGAUAAUCAUGGGAUCUCUGACCAAACAGUGGACACUGAUGUGCAUAAAUAUGCAUAUUUGUACCAUCCCUGAUGGGGAAAACUUU